AUGGCGGCACGUGUUGUUGUGAUUAACGAGUUGCUCUAUUUCGUAAACAAUAAUGUCGAAUUAAUUGAUAAUGAAACUUUUAUAAACAACAUAUCUGACUUUUACUCAAACGAGGAUAUCAUUACUGCUACUAAAUUGUUGAAAAGCGAUAUUGAAAACUUAAAAUUGGACAACAACGACAAAUUACAAAAACGCGGGAACACAAAAAAGGACAAAUUACUUGAAUGUCUCUCGCUUUUUAAAUAUCUGAAAACUAACAAUAUGUUGGACAAAUGUUCAAUAUUUGUCAGCUAUAAUAUGGUAAAAUUCCAAAAUAUUAAUGUUGAAAACAACUGUAAAACUGCCAACUCUGAAAACAUUAAACCUACUGUUUUGCCGAAUAUUCCAUUUGCCAACUCUACCGUCCAGCUUGGAAAACCCCUGUGGUCCGAUAUUUCAAGAACCCCGACCGAAGACUCGUCGUUCACUCUUGUCACCAGAAAAAAUAAACGCCCGCGCGCAUUAACCAGCGACACUGACAACAACAACAUUAAAGCAGAUACAAAUUCAAACAAACAUUCAGCUCCAAAAAUUAUUGGUAAAAAAGAAGUUGACUGCAAACUAAAAGCCGAUAAAGUUCUGUACAACAAACGUGUCUACUCAAUAAGUAACAUCCAGAAAUGUUCAGCCAACGACGUCAGCGAAUUUUUAUCAUCAUGCGGGAUUAACGUGUUAUCAUGUUACCCGGUAUUUAAAAAUACCGAGCCAUCAAAAGUUUCCCACACCAAUCGUGACAACCAAGAUUCAUCAAUGUUUCGUGUCUGCAUUGACAAAUUAGAUUCUCCAAAAAUCAACGAUCCAAACAUCAUACCCAAAAAUAUAAUUGUACGAGAAUGGCAUCUAACAAAAAAGGUGGUGGUGUCGGGAUUUUCAUCAAACAGGGAAUCAGCUAUUCAGUUAACUGCGAAGCCGUACUGGAUAAUGACUUUCUUUCCGUCGACAUCGCAGUUAAUAUCCAUAAACUUAAGAUAA